CCUCCCCCACCCCCUAGCUUCCUCAGAGCUGGACAGAGGAGCCAGAGGGAAAAUCCACCUUCUCAAGCACAGAAAUACCACCCACCUCACUCGACUACUUGUCAAGUUCACUACCAAUACAAAAGGGGCCCAGAAAAUCAAAAAAAAGAAUGUCGAGUGAUGAUAAAAAUAAAUCUAGUGACCCCAAGAAUGAGCCCAAGAACUGUGAUCCCAGAUGUGAACAAAAGUGUGAGGCCAAAUGCCAACCCAGCUGUUUAAAGAAGCUUCUGCAACGGUGCUCUGAGAAGUGUCCACGGGAGAAGUGCCCACCACCACCAAAGUGCCCACCAUGCCCCUCGCUGUGCCCCCCACCGUGCCCUCCUCCAUGCCCAGCUCCCUCCCCUCCCAAGCCCUGUGCCAAGCCCUGUCCUCCUAAAUGCCCACCACCCUGCCCACCCCCAGAGUGAGGCACCAAGGGUACCACUCGACCCAGUACCUCCAACAUCUUCACCAUGUUCACCAUCUUGGUGCUGAAACCUGAAGCCAUGAACUGACAAGUAAACAUAUUCCUCUGCUGUGCAAA